AGAAGCCCCAAGUGUUUCGAGUCGGUCCAUAAAUCCAUGAUGCAAACACGUUGCUGGCUUAAGGAGUUAGGAGUAAUCCUACACCCCUUUCGCCCCGAAAAAUUGGAUAAAUUCACUUUUCCUACGACGUCUUUCGACUGGAUUGGGUUCCACAUCAACGCCGUCGAGUUGCUGGUGACGGUGCAAGAGGAGAAAAGAGGUAAGUACGUGGAAUUUGCAAGGGAAGUGUUGCAAUCGGACAGGGCAGGCACAUUGUCGGCAAAGGCCCUCUCGAGGCUCGCUGGUCGUUUCUGUUUCGUUACCGUGGUGCUGAGGAUUGGGCGACUAUACCUGAGAGCGAUCUAUGAUGCUUUAAGCGAUUGUGGUGCAGUGAAGAAAUGGACGGCGGGUUUCAGGCGAUUCGAUCCUAUCGUCAAGCUAUCCGAGCACGCUAGGAUAGACAUCGAGUGGUGGGUCGAAGCAUUGGAGUCCACACCAACGCUGCGGAUUUAUAGAACACUUGGCGACAAGUGCUGCCUGUUCGCCCCAGAGUUGGUCGAACAUCCCACAAUUAUAGAUAGAAUUCCCGAGUCCCUUUUCCUCACCUUCACUGGAGACGCGUGGUCAGGCAAGGGUUGGGGAGUGACCACCAACGACAACGAGACCCGCUUUGCGGGUGGGUUCACGUUCAUCAACGGCGAGCAGUCAUCAUCGAACUUGAGGGAAUUAGCGUUGACGUUAGAAUUCCUCACGAAGUACGCACAUGUGGCACGCGGCAAGUUGUUACUUUAUCGGACGGAUAACAUGACAACUCGACACUACUUGAACUUCGGAGCCGGGCGCAACUCGCUACUAUCGUUCUACGGUCGCAAGAUCGCCUUGCAAUGCGCAAAGUUAGGAUGCACUUUGGUGGCGGAACAUUUGAGAGGCAAAUACAACGUGGUGGCGGACAUGUUAUCCCGCCUGGCGCUGAAUGCUACAAAUUCAGACCCUUUGCCACAUCGAUUCCUGCUCAAGCGGCCGCGGCUCGCCCUUUGGGCUAGAUUGCGAAUGACGCCGACGGUGGAUAUGCUGGCAGCAAACUUUGGAUCAAGCGCGGCGCUGCCCAGGUUUGUUACAAUUAGAGAGGAUGCUUUUAGAUGGAGUGAUGAAAGUUUAUAUCAAGAAAUUUCAUGGUGGUUUCCUUCCAAUGACCUUGCACUUCCCCUCCUCAAGAAAAAGAUUGCUCCCAUGAUGACACUGGCCGAGCAGCAGAGGCCAGCGUGCAUCAUGUUGGUACCGCGAUACAAGUCGAAGCACGCGUACCUGUACGCGAGGUUCCACCGCGUCGCGAAAUUGAAAAAGAGUGGUCUAUUGUUUGGCGUAAUGGAGAAAGACGGCAGUUUUACGAACUUGCCAAGGUCCGACAUUGGCAUGUGGGUGCUGGCAACUCUGCCGUUGGAGAAAUUGCAACUGCGACAGACCCACCUUGCAAGCAAGGGGAGCGCUGUUCCGAAAUCGUAGGGGGUUUUGGGAAUGUUGGAAAAUCGGAAAUAUCGAGGUCUAGUUCCUACUUAGUGAUCCGAUAGGGCCUUCUUAGGUCGUGGCUACUUCCUUUUCACUUGCCGCCCUAUUACGCUAGGGACCUGAGUGAGCAGCUAAGUCGUGUCAGAGCCUACUUUCAUUGCAGGUGAGUGAGAACCACUAAAGGUGCGUGCCACCUGGAUGAAUGUCGGCGCGAAUCAUAAUGAUAAGGCGUUCUUCUAUAUGAGUGUCGUGGAGGGUGAGCGCGCGAGUGAGGGUACGUCCAUCACGUCUCCUCCACGCCUCAUCGUCAGAAUUGAGCGUCCCACCCGCCCAGUUCCCUUUUGACUUUUGAAUUCGCUCCGCGAGCCUAACAGCCGCUCUAUCUGACGGGAUCUUUGAGGCUAGGUAGGAGUGACUCAUUAUCGAGGUCUAGUUCCUACUUAGUGAUCCGAUAGGGCCUUCUUAGGUCGUGGCUACUUCCUUUUCACUUGCCGCCCUAUUACGCUAGGGACCUGAGUGA